AGUUUCCAACCACAUAUUUACUUUUUUGACACUCAUGUCGAGCACCCCUUAUCCUCAGGUUGUGGUUGGAGUAUUUUUAACACCCUCUUAAAAUAAUCGAAGGUGCACAUUAGUCUAAGAAAGCAUUAGAACAUUGUGACUGAAAUGGCAUAUGCUUACCUUUCACAUGCACUAUAAUCUAUGUAUCCAUAUCCAUUCAGUGAAAUGUAUUUUAAUUGAAUGAGCUGCUUCUUGCACAUAGCAGUUUAAUUCUGACUAUAGAAGGAUUGUGGAUUUUGAAAAGUCUAAUAACACAGGAAAUUUCAUUUGCAUAUUGGUUUGUUCACCACAACUCCUACUCAACAGAUCACACACAUCAAUUCACACGCACAACAGAAGAUGAAGGUCGCAUCAGCUCUGUUGUGCAUUCUCUAGUGUUGGGGUCUAUAAGUGGAUGCUAUUUUAUACGGCUUAUACUGCAUAUUGUUGGCCAAGAAAAUCAACGUAUAAUUUCAGCAUAUUUGCAGAACGAGAUGAAAUGGAAUAAACUGAGUUUAGUGGGCUUCUGUGCAUAAAUGCAUCAGACAUGGUGAUAAAAUAAGCAUGGGUUGUCUAACAAGCAGACCUUGGCGUCGAUCUUCUGUUCACAGACUGGAAGACCCCGUCUUGAUGUCUGAUGAAUCAUCAGGAAAUCACAUGCACAUGGCAGUGGCCUUGUGUAACUUUCCACCCCACAGGUCUGAUGAACACACUAUAUUUUUAGGAGACAGACUGAACAUUAUAUCAGAAGAUGAUGACAUGUUGAUGGUUUAUUCUACAACAACUGGCACAGAGUUUUUCAUUCCUCACACCUACGUUUCCAAAGUGCGUUAUCGGUGGCUGUUUGAAGGGAUCACAAGGAGAAAUGCAGAACAACUUCUUAUGCUGCCUCCAAACUACUCUGGAUGUUUUUUAAUUCGGGAAAGCCAGUCAUGCCCUGGUUCUUACUCACUUUCCAUACGACAAGAUAGAGGCCAUCUGCACAAUGUAAAGCACUACAGAAUCCAUCAGCUCCACAACGGCUGGUUCUACAUCCACCAGAGCCACUUCUUCUCCACUCUCACACAGUUGGUGGACUAUUACUCACGGUCUUCUAAUGGUAUGUACUGUCAGCUGACUGAACCUUGCAUACCUCAUGACUCCAGCAGAGCUGGAACCCAUAGACCCUCGCCAAUAUCAGUCCAGAGGUCUAAUCUUAACUGGAGAGAUUUGUCCAGGUCAAUGAUUCAAAGGCAGGUAAAGGGAACCGAUCAGGAGAGUCUGCUCAGUGAAGGACUAAGAGAGACUAUGAAAGCAUAUCUUUAUGUCACAGAGGAGUCUAGUUGGACUGAGUGACAUCCAACACAGGACAGAGUUGUAAGACUCUGAUGAAGUUAAGUUAAAGAUGUUUUGGGGAUUUGGUGGGCAUUUUGACCACAUUACAUGAACAUUCCCAGUGUCGUGCAGGAUUAAUGAUGUUUUGCUUAUUGUUUAAUGAUUGUUUUUCAUGUUAUAGUUAUGUUUUGUGUCUGUCAUAGUGUACAGGAUGCAUUACCUUGGGAAACUACAGAAUAAAUUCCUCAGUUGGUCAGUAGGACCCAACGGAAAAAAAAAUUAACAAUACAAACAAAGUAACAAAAUUUUAUAUAACUUUGCAACAUAAUUAUGUAAAUAAAAUUGUGGGGGGAAAAUUGCUAGAUAAAAUGUUUUAAAUGCAUUUAAUUUUCAUUUUCAUUUAAUAUAACAAUAUUUUGAAAUCUACAGUUUUAAUAAUGUGUCAUUUAUUUAGUCAAAAUGGGGCUCAACUUUUUAAUCUGCCUUUUAGGCCUAGGUGAAAACUGACAUAAAUGUUUUGUCAUCAUGAUUAAUAUGAGACUUUAAUUAAAAAAAAAAAACUACUAUAAUUAUAUAGUCCCUUUAAAUGUGGAGAAAAUAAGGCAGCUGUCUCUGUAUUAUGAAAUAAUGGAAUCAAAGCCUAAUUUAUGACAUUAUAUUUAGUUUAUGGUAAAUUCUGUUGUCACAAAAUGGUAGUCCACUGGCCUCUUUCUUUUUAACGACAUUCAACGUUAAAUCUCAACAUUUAGUUUAAAAAUGUGCUAUUAUGUUGAAAUGCUAAAUUAUCUUUUAGAAGGAGGGUCAACAGAUGUUGAUUUUGAUUUAAACGUUUCCUAUAUUCCUGUGUCUUUUCAGCUGUCUGCAACGUAUGUAUUAAAAAAGCUGUUUUUAUAAAAGAAAAAAAACUGAUUUUAUUAUGUAUAUUUGUACAUUCAUGUAAAA